UUUUCUUUUCCUCUGCUUGUUUUACUGAGCGAAAAAUAUUUAUUUAUAAAAAUAAUUAGAGACUAAUGAAAGGUGGUGGUGGUGGCGGUGGCGGCAAACCAAGAGAAGAAGAACAAGACGGCAUGUCCGUACACUCUCCCUGCAAGGCUCCUCCUUCCUCUGCUUCUUCUCUACCCAAGGAGCAAUCACAGGUUGAAUUGGAGCUCAGACUGUUAGAAGCUCUUGCAAUUUAUCCUCCAGUCAAAUUGCAAGGCAUACAUCGUCACUUUGUGCUUUAUGGGCUAAUGGAGUUCCUGAGGAGAAGCUUUGAUCGCAACUUCUCUUCUGACGAGGUUUUGCAAUUGCUGGAUCGGUUCUAUAACUUGGAAAUGCUGAAACCAGACGAGGAGGAGAUGGACAUCUUGAAUCAUGAGGAAGAAUUUAGCUUGCCUCAAAGUUUCUUUGUUAAGGAGGAAUCUUAACUCUUUUGUUUUUGUAUAGAUUGCUUAUUUUGUUUGAACUUUUUUAUUCAUUUUGCGUUCAAGAUGAUAGUUUUCAAAUCUGUUGUGCUAGCUAGACGGUGUCUUCUUGGUUAUUGCCAUAUGGUAUUAUGGCUUCAUGCUAUCACAAUUGAAUUUAUGUAUAAUUGACCUUGUUUUUCCGAAUUUAUGUUAGAUAUCAGGCUAUCAGCACAGA